UUUGUUAAUGAAAUAUAAACCAAUUACAAAACGUAAAAUAGUUCUCAUCUUUAUAUAUACAAACAUACAUAAAUACAUUCAGUUAUUACAAUAUACAAAGAAAUGAAUACUAACAGAAACAAAACGAAGAUAUCUAUAUUUUUAUGUGUGUAUAAUGUAUAUACUAUACAGUUUUUGGAUCAAAUACUAUAUAGUUUAGUAUACUAAACAAAUAGCACUAGUUGGAAAAAAAUAAUGAUUAGGAAGGAUGAUUAACAAGAGAAAACAAUCAAACAUGGUACGGUGUGACGUCAUCAAAUAAAAAAAGGAAAAACAAAUAAAAAUAAAACGGCGUGUGGCAAACCGCACAACCACUUGGAUCCGACGUGGUAGAUAAACAAACGGUUUCAAUUAGUACGUGACCUACACGUGAAGUAAGAGCGCUUGGUAUGAGAAAGAAAGUCCAGUGAGGUGAGGCGGGGACCAAUCAAGAAGUACAUACACUUCCUGGAUGGCUAUUCGUAAGCCUCCAUAGCCAAAUCUGCUUUGUCUCCUUCCUUCAAGCCAUCUCUUCUUCUUCUCUUGCUUUCUGAUUCUGAUAAACUACAUCACUCGCUCCUCUUUCAAGACAUGUGUUCCCUCUAGUUCUUUGUUCUUAUUUUCAUUUCCGCUUCUGAUGUCACAUUUGGGGAUCAUUCCUCGAAAGUGUUGAGUGUUUGAAACAGGAGUUACGCAAAGUACAAGACUUUAUCAUCCUGUCAGACACUGCGUCUUUUUUUCGGACCUGAUCUGUGUCAUAUGCGAACCGUUUCAUGUGUCGCUACUUGAACCGCCAGUUGUAAAGGCGGAUCUUGUCAAGAGACAGUCUUGAUUGGUGUAAGAAAUCAUGAACAGGCAUAGACUUGUGUCAACGGCACAAGACGAAUGCAAUAAAGGGCUUGGUCAAGCUUGCUCAUCUUCACUAUCUCCGGUCCAUAACUUUCUAAAUCUCCAGCCAGAAAACAGAAACUCUCCAUUCAUACGAUCACAUUCUCCAGACUCACCAUGGCCAAAGAACAGUCCUCAAGGCACAUUCUCACGGUCCUCCACCUUCUGCACAAAUCUUUACAUAUCAUCAUCUUCAACCUCUGAGUCUCAGAAACAUCUAGGAAACACUCUUCCUUUCCUCCCUGACCCCUCCACUAACAGCCAGCCUCCUUCUGCUGUGGAGUCUGCAAGAUCUCCAUCUAUCUUCAGUGAAGAUAUGAGCAAUCCAUUUGAUGGAGACAACACCCUUGUCAAAGAUUUCUUUAAUCUCUCCGGGGAUGCUUGCUCUGAUGGAGCCUUUCAUGAUCUCGACUGUUCAAAUGACAGCUACUGCUUAUCAGAUCAAAUGGAGUUGCAGUUCCUGUCUGAUGAACUUGAGCUGGCCAUCACAGACCGCUCCGAAACUCCUAGGCUUGAUGUAAGUUUCUCUCCAUCUCUUAUGAGUUUUGCACCACUUAUGGACUUAUCUUUUUGUUUGAAUCAGGAGAUCUAUGAAACCCCAUUGGCUUCAUCAUCAAAUCCAGUGACUGGACUGAGUCAAACCCAAAGAAGCCUCUCUGGAGGAAUGUCCAUUGAGGUAGUUUUAUCUCACCCUUCUCCAGGAUCAGCAGCAGCAUCAAACCACAAGCCGAGAAUGAGAUGGACCCCUGAGCUCCACGAGAGUUUCUUAAAGUCUGUGGACAAGCUUGAAGGCCCUGAAAAGGCCACUCCCAAGGCUGUUCUGAAGCUCAUGAAUGUUGAGGGCUUGACGAUCUAUCAUGUUAAAAGCCACUUACAGAAGUAUAGACUAGCCAAGCAUAUUCCAGAGAAAAAAGAAGAAAAAAGGAAUGUUAACACAGAAGAGAAGAAACUGGCUUUGAGUAAUAAUGAAGCUGCUGAGAGAAAGAAAGGGGCAAUGCAGUUAACCGAAGCUCUGCGUAUGCAGAUGGAAGUUCAAAAGCAAUUGCAUGAACAGCUCGAGGUGCAACGGGUGCUUCAGCUACGAAUAGAAGAGCAUGCUAAGUACUUGGAAAAGAUGUUGGAAGAACAACGCAAAACUGGAAUGCUUAUGUCUUCUUCUUCUUCUCAGACAUCAGAUUGUCAAAACAUGUCCAAAACCGAAGUAUCUUCUCUGUCUCAGCCAAAGAACAUAGCUUCUGAAACCGAAGAUGAUAAAUGUGAAUCCCCUCAGAAACGUCGCAAGGUUGAGAACAACACUGAAUCUGAAGAUCCUGAGGAGAGAUAGCAAGUGGUGUCACUCAAAAGUAGAUGUUUGUAAUGUAGUAUCUUGAGGAUGUUCCCUUCUUUUUUUUUAAGUCAUCUAGUAGAUUAAUAUUAACUUUGAACAGAGUAUCAUACAAAGCCAGCAAAGGUUUAGCAAAGGUUUGCAACC